GGGCCCAGACAACUGCUGGGACUCAGACUGCGUGGAGCCCUUCCCCAGCUGCCCUGCCCCGCCCUCCCCAGGGGCACCCACCUCUCCUGGCUGCCAGUCAACCUGUUUGGCCAGGCUGGGCAGGUCUGGAGAUGGGCGGGGAGCCCUGAGCCUCCGCACCCCCUCUCCUGCUCCUCCUCCUCCCCCACUGCCCUGUGCCCGGCACUCAGGCUUCUCUGAGCUGGGCUGCCUGGGUGCCUGAGGCCAGGAAGCCGGGGGCCCCCAGGGGGGUGACCCCCAAGAAGAGGGCAACCGCUUCACGCUUGGCUGCCGGGAGCCCUUCCUGGAGCCGUCAGGGUGGGGGUCCCCUCCCCCAGGGGGCCGGGGCCAUGUUGCCUUGUGCCUUCUGAGGCCCCCCGCAUCAUGGCCCGGUCGCUGACCUGGCACUGCUGCCCCUGGUGCCUGACGGAGGAGGAGAAGACGGCCGCCCGGAUCGACCAGGAGAUCAACAAGAUCCUCCUGGAGCAGAAGAAGCGGGACCGAGGGGAGCUGAAGCUGCUGCUUCUGGGCCCAGGUGAGAGCGGGAAGAGCACGUUCAUCAAGCAGAUGCGCAUCAUCCACGGGGCUGGCUACUCGGAGGAGGACCGCAAGGGCUUCCGGCCGCUGGUCUACCAGAACAUCUUCGCGUCCAUGCGGGCCAUGAUCGAGGCCAUGGACCAGCUGCAGAUCUCCUUCAGCAGGCCCGAGAGCAAGAACUACGCCAGCCUGGUCAUGAGCCAGGACCCCUACAAAGUGACCACUUUUGAGAAGCGCUACGCGGUGGCCAUGCAGUGUCUGUGGAGUGACGGCGGCAUCCGGGCCUGCUACGAGCGCCGGCGCGAGUUCCACCUGCUGGACUCGGCAGUGUACUACCUGUCACACCUGGAGCGCAUCACCGAGGAGGGCUACAUCCCCACCGCCCAGGAUGUGCUCCGCAGCCGCAUGCCCACCACCGGCAUCAACGAGUACUGCUUCUCCGUGCAGAAAACCAACCUGCGGAUUGUUGACGUUGGGGGCCAGAGGUCAGAACGCAAGAAGUGGAUCCACUGCUUUGAGAACGUGAUCGCCCUCAUCUACCUGGCCUCGCUGAGCGAGUACGACCAGUGCCUGGAGGAGAACAACCAGGAGAAUGAAGGAGAGUCUGGCCCUGUUUGGCACAAUCCUGGAACUGCCCUGGUUCAAAAGCACAUCUGUCAUCCUCUUCCUCAACAAAACCGACAUUCUGGAGGAGAAGAUCCCCACCUCCCACCUGGCCACCUACUUCCCCAGCUUCCAGGGGCUAGCUCACAGCAUGGCUGCCUCAGGAUGGUCAGACUUCAGCCCAGGUGGAAGCCUCUGCUCAUGAUGUGGCCUAGGAAGUUCCAGGUGGUCACAUCCGCCUUAUUCUAUUGGCCAAUAAAAUCACUCAGGUCAGCGCAGACUCUAACGGAGGCACCGUACAUUAUGAUGGCCAAAUGGCACGUGACGACAGGGAGGGACGGAAGCAAUGACAGCCAUCCUGGAGACAAGCUAUCUUUGUUUCCUGGGGCUGCUGUGACAAUGGCCACAGACUGGGGGGCUGAAAACAAGAGACAUUUAUUCCUUCACAACCCGGGAAGCUGGAAGUGUGAAAGCAAGAGCAGGGUCAGUUCCUUCAGGAGGCUCGGGGCGAGAAUCUGUUCUAGGCCUCUCUCCUAG